AUGCAGAAAAAUCUGUCCCCUGAUCCCGAAUUGACUGGUUUUGGUUGUCUAGUGGGACGACUGGUCGAAUGGGACCCGAAUGGCGGCAACAAGACCAGCGAAGCUCUAGAGAUCUACAGCGACGAGGAGAUUUUUAUUGGACGAGAUGGGAAUACUUGCCAAGUUCAGAUACAGAAUCCUUUCGUGUCGAAUAAACACUUACGCAUCUACACAAUUCUAUUCGACCAAGACAAUUUACAGGACAUACCCCCACUGGUAUACGCCCAGGACCUCUCGCUAAAUGGAACAUCAUGGAAUGAUUACAAAAUGAAAGGCAAGGGUAGCUUUUUACUCAGCGACGGGGACGUGCUUCGAGUUGCAGCUGGUGUCUACAUUCGGUUCCGGUCUGUCGAUGUCACGGCAACUGAUCGAUUCACAUAUCUGCAACGGCUGGAGAUGAAAACAUUUCAGGAUAGUCACAUUGUCACCCAACGUGUCCUGGGCGCCGGGGCUUAUGGACGGGUUCACAUGGCCUUCAGGAAAGAUGAUGGUCAACAAUUGGCCUGCAAGAUUACUGACCUUGAAAUCAUCAAGUCCGGUACUCAAAUAAGCAGGAAAGAUUCAAGAUCCAAAUUCUUCCCUCAGAAGAAUGCAUGGCAGCGAAAAUCGCUGACGGGCAUUCGGAAGACACGCCAAGGCGAGCAAGCUAUCCGCGAAAAGAUCGCCAUGGUCGAGCGAGAAGCAAAAAUGUUAUUGGAGCUAUCCCAUCCGAACAUCAUUGCGGUGGAGAAGGUUAUUAAAUCUAGUAACACAAUAUAUAUGUUCACUGAACUAGUCACAUGUGGCGAUCUCUUCUCGUACCUCCGAUACAGGGGAGGGAGGCUCGAAGAAACCACUGCUGCCCUGAUAAUCCGACAAGUCUUGCUCGCAUUGGACUAUCUCCAUGACAGGGACAUUGUACACCGAGACCUCAAGCCAGAUAAUAUACUCAUGACCACACUAGAAGAUGAUGGACGAGUUGUGCUGACUGACUUCGGAUGUGCGAUACAAUUGAAAAAGUCUGUUCCGCGCACAUCGAGUAUCGUCGGGACCCUUGAAUACUGCGCCCCGGAAAUGCAGGAUACUCUCAAGCAGGGGUACACUAAAGCUGUUGACCUCUGGUCUCUUGGAUGUGUUACUGCCGUUCUGCUUGUUGGAAAUACUCCAUUCGACGAUGCGGGUAAAUCAAUAUCUAGCUAUCUUACCGACCUCGAGACAGAACUGAAGAUACUCAAUAUUGGGACGCGGACUAGGGACUUCGUUCGCAACUUGCUGGUACCAGAUGAGAUGCGUCGCAUGGACGUGAAGCAAGCGCUACGACACAAUUGGCUUGCUCAUUCCAACUUCAAAAGCUACUUUGAAGGAAUGUACCAGCGCGCCAUUCAAAACUGGAGACCAAGGGAUAAUAACAGCAAAGAUGUGAUAAUCAAAUUGGCAAAUUUCACUAGAUCUCAAUCUCUCCAGUAUGUCUCUCAUCUGAGACCUCCAGCAAAACUCAGGGCCCAGUGCAACCUCGAUGAUCCCGAUCAUAUAUCAGCAACAUCAUACGAGGAUACGGAAGUUGUGGAUGCCAAGCAGUUGUUAUCGCCCUCCACAACGAGCUCCCUGCUUUGCAAAAGAAAUUGGAAAGCGGUCGAGGCCAAAAGCCCUCCAACUUGGCAGCCUCUGGGUAUAAUUUACCCUGAAGUGGAUGGAAAGCAGGCACUCGACAAGCCUAUUCAUAACGAGAACACCGGAAAUGAAAGUGCACAGUUCCUCGGCCAAGUUAAGCGGGAGCAGCUUGACCAGGCCAGGAUGAUGAGACAUGUUUUGUACCUGUCGCCAUUUGGUACAACCACUGUCAAGAAAAAGGCUGAUGAUAAGAUGGAAGAAAUGGAAGAAGUUUAUGAAGAGAUCCGCAACCCAGUCACUGGAAAGCGCAGGCGACGGGCUUAUGGCCGGGAUGUGGGGGGCUUCAGCGAUUUAUUUUAA